UGUUGGUCAGUCAGUGUGAGCAGCUUAGAGGGGCUGAGGGCUCUGUGUCUGCUUUAAGUUCAACUUUAGGAGAAACUUGUGAGAAAUGGCCGGAGUUCAUCGCUUAGUCAUCGUCCGCCACGGAGAGAGCUCCUGGAACCAGGAGAACCGCUUCUGUGGCUGGUUCGACGCCGACCUCAGCGAGAAGGGCUUGGAGGAGGCCAAGCGCGGGGCCCAGGCCAUCAAAGAGGCAGGCAUGAAGUUCGACGUGUGCUACACCUCCGUGCUCAAACGGGCCAUCAGGACCCUGUGGACCAUCAUGGAGGGCACGGACCAGAUGUGGCUGCCCGUGAUCCGCACCUGGCGUCUGAACGAGCGUCACUACGGAGGCCUCACCGGCCUCYACAAGGCCGAGACGGCCGAGAAGCACGGCGAGGAGCAGGUGAAGAUCUGGCGCCGCUCCUUCGACAUCCCACCCCCACCCAUGGACAAGGACCACCCUUACCACAAAAUCAUCAGUGAGUCGCGACGUUACAAAGGCCUGAAGCCCGGUGAGCUGCCCACCUGUGAGUCCCUGAAGGACACCAUCGCACGCGCCCUGCCUUUCUGGAAUGAUGUCAUCGCUCCUGAAAUCAAAGCGGGCAAGAAUGUUAUCAUUGCAGCCCACGGAAACAGCCUCCGUGGCAUCGUCAAGCACUUGGAGGGUAUGUCUGACGCAGCCAUCAUGGAGCUGAACCUUCCCACAGGAAUUCCAAUCGUGUAUGAGCUGGACGCAGACCUGAAGCCGGUCAAGCCCAUGUCUUUCCUCGGUGAUGAGGAGACAGUAAAGAAGGCCAUGGAGGCCGUGGCUGCCCAGGGCAAAGUCAAGAAGUAAAUCCACCUGCCUCGGAGGCUCCACAAAUAGGCAGAGACUUCUCAAUUGUUAUUCUUCUCACUUUUCCUCUAAUUGUCCAUCCUCAUAUUUCAUUCCAAAUGGGGAAAAUGGUUAAUGGUUCUUUGGGAGAAGAGCCAGGCCCUGCAUUUUACACAGUCACACACCACUCAGCCCUUUUAAAUUGUGGUCAGGAUCUACUUUGUAGGGCUCUCGCCGCUCUGGCACAACCAAUAAAGUCGUCAUGUUUUUACAUAGA